AUUUUUGGAAGACAUCAGAGCGACAAGCAGUCUUGAUUGUGACGGGAAGCCCGCGACGGUUUCAGAGUUAAGACCAGUUUUCUAUCGUCCAGGGUGGCAUAUGCCGAAUGGAUUCUCAUUCAAUUUGAACCUUGCCGAGGCGGCAUACAUACUUGUCAGGGAAGCCCAGGCCUCGGAGAUGAAAGUUUAGCUCUAAUAAAGGAAGUAGCAAAUCUUGUCGCGGCCGAAUUGCAUGCAGCUAAGAAGGCCAUGCUUUCGAAACAGGCAGCACGUUUUUUCACGAAGCUUAGUUAUGGAAAAGGUAUACAGAAAAUUGAUCUGCUGGCAGAAACUGCAGGAAAAGGCCUCCUAUCGAUUUUGUCUCACCUUUUGUCUGCCAUGGAGGACGCGUCCCGCGAGGCCGUGAGAGUGACG